AUGGACCGACGCUUCCUGCUGACCCUCAUCUUCUGUUCAGUUUCUUGGAUUUUCUUCUGGGAAGUGCGCUGGAAGAAAGGGAAGGAAAGUCAGAUUGAAGAAUGGCUCCAUGGACACAGUCUGUCUGAAUAUAAGCAGUUGUUUGAGGAUGUCCAGACCCUGGAGGAGCUGAGUCUGUCUGUUUUAACUCGUCUGGAGGAGGUGGUGAAGGAGCCACGGCGUUGGAGGUCCAUUGUUGAUGCUCACAUCCAGUUGCUCAGAGACUUCGCCUUUCAAGAGUGGCUGUGUUCACAAGGCCUGGAGCACUACUACCACACUCUGAAGACUCUGGGUUGUACUAAUCUGGAUGAUUUAGCACAGUUUGACAGCCAGCUUCAGCUCUCUCUGGCCGCAUGGGGCUAUUACUACGAGGAUUAUAUUAAACUGUCCACCGGCAUUAAGAUCCUCCAGGCCUCUAGGGGCAGCAGAGACCAGGACUACGAGACCCAGUUGGUACACAACCUUGCUGAGAGGCGACUAAAGGAGAAGUGGUCCAUUGCCGGAGCUCUGAUAUUUGGCUGUACUGUAGCUCUGUGCUUUCUGAUAAGGGACCUCAUGUUUUACGUGAUUGGUGGAAUAACUGUUUCCAUCAUCGCCUUUGUCUUCACCAUUAAGUUCCUGUGUGAGCUUGCAGCUCGGGUGGUCAGUUUCCUUCAAAAUGAGGACCCUGGUCGCCGUGGAGACCGCAGCAUCUAUGACUAUGUCCGAGGGAACUACCUGGACCCCCGUUCAUGCAAGGUUUCCUGGGAUUGGAAGGAGCCACAGGAAGUGGGCCAGACGAUGAGCUUCCGUGUCCAGCUCUUCUAUAAAAAUGGCCAGCCGUUCCCUGCUCACAGGCCGGUGGGACUAAGAGUCAGUAUUACCCAUAUAGAGCUUGCCUUAGACAUCCCAGUGACCCAGGAGGUCCUGCAAGAGCCAGAAUCCAACGUUGUCAAAGUGGCCUUCACAGUUCGCAAGGCAGGACGCUACGAGGUGGCUGUCAAGCUGGGCGGUCUGAACGUGGCUUACAGCCCCUACUACAAAGUCUUUCAACCAGGGACAGUGGUGCCAUCAAAAACAAAGAUAGCGUACCAUUUCUCCACUCUGGUUUUGCAAUAUGGCCAGCAGCACACCCUGCAGAUCGAGCCGCGGGAUGAGUACGGAAACCCCACCAGUAACUCUGUGUCGCUCAUCGACGAAGUCAACUACAAUGUCCACGUUCACUCGUUGGGUACAGUGGAUGAGGACAGUUCAGAGGAGUAUUUCACCAAGUCUGUGAGCUGUAUUAAACAGCAGUGUCAGGUCUUACUGAGACUGACUCUGAAGAAAAAGGGCUGUUUUAGAGGCCGUAUCACCUACAGAGAUCAGCCACUCAGCAACGGCGAGUUCGACAUCAUCGUACUUGACGAGAAUGAGAAGAACUGCGUGGAGAAGAAUGUGUCCACUCCCGGCAUCAGCAUCUAUUUUGAGGCGUAUCUCUACAGCACAGGCAACUACAGCAGUUCCUCCUGGCAGCUCCCAGCAUCCUCUCUGCUCGCCCCGCAGAGACGACCCUCAAUGGGCGAUGAGGAGGACGAGCAUGACUCGCCUGUCGAGGGUCAGCCCGAAAAAGUCAAGAAACCAAAAAAGGUCUAUUGUUACAUAUCACCAAAGCAACUCUCAGUAAAAGAGUUUUACCUGAAGAUUAUUCCCUGGCGUCUUUUCACCUUCCGUGUGUGCCCAGGAACAAAGUUCACCUACCUGGGCCCAGACCCCAUUCAUAAGUACCUUACAUUACUUGUGGAUGAUGGCAUUCAGCCCCCCGUAGAACUCAGCUGUAAGGACCGGAACAUCAUGGCUGCCACCUUCAUCCGAUUCCUCCAUAAGAAUAUUGGUGGUUCAGAGACAUUUCAGGACAAAGUGUGUUUUUUUCAGCGAGAGCUACGACAUAUACACUCCAAAAGACCUCGUACCAAAACCUGCCUGAAAAUCUCCCGUCACUCCAUGCUGGACUCGUCUCUGAAGGCAACUAGAAACUUCUCAGUGUCGGACUGGAGUAAGAAUUUUGAGGUGGUGUUCCAGGAUGAGGAAGCACUGGACUGGGGAGGGCCAAGGCGAGAGUGGUUUGAGCUGAUCUGUAAAACAUUGUUUGACACCAGCAAUCAGCUUUUUACACGAUUCAGCGACAACAACCAGGGCCUGGUGCACCCUAAUGCUGAUCGACCCCCCCACCUUCGGCUGAAGGUGUACGAGUUCGCUGGCCGCGUGGUGGGGAAGUGUCUUUAUGAGUCGGCUCUGGGAGGGGCAUACAAACAGCUGGUCCGAGCCAGGUUCACUCGCUCUUUCCUGGCCCAAAUCAUCGGCCUCCGCAUGAACUAUAAGUACUUUGAGACGGACGAUCCAGAGUUCUAUAAAACCAAGGUCUGCUUCAUCCUAAACAAUGAUGUCAGUGAAAUGGACCUGGUGUUUGCCGAGGAGAAGUACAGCAAGUCAGGACAGCUGGAGAAGGUGGUGGAGUUGAUAUCUGGUGGGGCCCAGAUCCCAGUGACCAAUGACAAUAAGGUCCACUAUCUGAACUUGCUGGCCCAGUACAGACUGGCCAGUCAGGUACGAGAGGAGGUGGAGCAUUUCCUCAAAGGUCUGAAUGAGCUCGUCCCAGAGAACCUUCUAGCCAUAUUUGAUGAAAAUGAGUUAGAGUUGCUGAUGUGUGGCACCGGGGACAUUAACGUCCAGGACUUCAAAGCUCAUGCUGUUAUCGUUGGAGGCUCAUGGCACUUCAGAGAAAAAGUUAUGAAGUGGUUCUGGGCAGUGGUGUCCUCCUUCACUCAAGAGGAGUUGGCUCGUCUGCUCCAGUUCACCACCGGCUCCUCUCAGCUCCCCCCAGGAGGCUUCAACACCCUCUGCCCUUCCUUUCAGAUCAUAGCAGCACCUACACACAGCACCCUGCCUACCGCACACACCUGUUUUAACCAGCUGUGCCUACCUACUUAUGACUCCUAUGAGGAGCUGCACAAGCUGCUGAAACUGGCCAUCAGUGAAGGCAGCGAGGGAUUUGGCAUGCUCUGAUUUACACCUUCGUCUGGAUCACUCCAUCCAUGCCACUCUUUGUUUGAGGAAAAGAGGGAUGCUGUCAUUCUUUAUCCUUCAUAUGAGCCAAAUAACCCAGCAUCCUGUUUGCCUCCAGUGGCAGACAUUUUU